AUGUACCUUGCUUCCAGGAGUGAAGAGCCCACUGGAGCGAAUGACAGCGUCAGGAGCUGGGGGUUUAGUUCGGAUGUCCCGACAGGUUUGGAAACAUCGGUCACUGAGCGACGGGGUGACGGGCAAGGCUCCUGGGUGAAUGCCGACUACACCCCUGGUGCUGCAUGCGGUCACUGGUCGUCUGCAGCUCCUUGCAAUGAAAACUCGCCAUCGGAUACCGCAUUCCUGCUUAUCGCUUUUUAUCAUCCGCUAAGUGAGACGCCUCGCACGCCACCGUCGUCACUCCGCCGUCACGAGCUCGUUAUCAUGCCCUCGAUGGCUGCGGAUAACGCGCGCGCGGCGCAAACGAACAACAACACGAACGCGGGCUUGGCGCAACGCGCGCCACCAGAAACACCUGAUUCCGAACGAACAUCCUUCCACUCUGCGCGCUCUUCAGCGCACUCCAUCCCGGCUCCAAAGUUUGUGCAAGUAUCGAAUGAGCUUGGCGAGGAACUCAACGGGGGGCCUUCGGGCCAGAAUGGCACCACGACAUCGACGCCACGGAACACGACACCGCAGGGCUUCGAGAGGCACUCCGCUGGCGAGAACAAGCCCCCUGCACGCCGCGGGACGCGCUUUGGUCGAAUGCUGGAGAUCCUUCCCGACUGGCUGCAGGAGGCGCUCACCACGAGUCGUGCAUGGAAGAACUGGUUCCGCUCCAUGGUCGCCGCCCUUGCAAUGAUGAUCAUAAUGGUGGCGAGGAAGAGUAUGUCUUACACGAAGCUCAUGCUGACAAUGAUCACACCAAACAUGACGACCACAAUCUUCUUCCUCGCACAAUGCACUGUCGGCGUCGGCAUGCUGCUCGGCUGGGCUUGGGGAUGUGCUGCGAUGGCGGCCGCCACCAGCGUGCGCGACUCCAACCUUCUACGUCAACAGCUGGGAGGCGUGUUGUCAGGGCACAAGGAGGACGAGGACAUCUCGAAAAUUGGCGAGGCAUUCCAUGCCGCCUUCCUCGACCCACGCUCUUCUGCGGUGUACGGCGCCUUCAUGUUCAUCGGCGCAUACGGAUUGGGUUGGAUCCGUGCGACCAAGCCGAAGCUGUAG